CUCGGAGCAAGAUGGCGGCGCGAGUGCUGCGCGCCCGAGGAGCGGCCCCGCUCGGAGGCCUGGGACGGCGGGCCACCGUCGGCAGCCUCCUGCCCGGGCUCCGGAGACUGAUGACCUCCAGUAAGAGGCCUCGGGAAGACAGCUGGUUAAAAUCCUUAUUUGUCAGGAAAGUUGAUCCAAGAAAAGAUGCUCACUCUAAUCUACUAGCCAAAAAGGAAACAAGCAGUCUGUACAAAUUACAGUUUCACAAUGUUAAGCCGGAUUGCCUAGAAGCAUACAACAAAAUUUGUCAAGAGGUGUUACCUAAGAUUCAUGAAGACAAACAUUACCCUUGUACCUUGGUGGGGACUUGGAACACGUGGUAUGGCGAGCAGGAUCAAGCUGUCCACCUCUGGAGGUACGAAGGAGGCUAUCCAGCCCUCACAGAGGUCAUGAAUAAACUCAGAGAAAAUCAGGAAUUUGUGAAUUUCCGUAAGGCAAGAAGCGACAUGCUUCUCUCUAGGAAGAAUCAGCUGCUAUUGGAAUUCAGUUUCUGGAAUGAGCCCGUGCCUCGGUCAGGACCCAAUAUAUAUGAACUCAGGUCUUACCAACUCCGACCAGGAACCAUGAUUGAAUGGGGAAAUUACUGGGCUCGUGCAAUCCGCUAUAGACAGGAUGGGAAUGAGGCCGUGGGGGGGUUCUUCUCUCAGAUUGGGCAGCUAUACAUGGUGCACCAUCUUUGGGCUUACAAAGAUCUGCAGACCAGGGAAGACAUACGGAAUGCAGCAUGGCACAAACACGGCUGGGAAGAAUUGGUAUACUACACAGUCCCGCUUAUUCAGGAGAUGGAGUCCAGAAUCAUGAUCCCACUGAAGACCUCACCCCUGCAGUGAAGCUCCAGAGCUUUGACGUGCCUACACAGAUGAUGUGAUGAGCAUUUGCCAUGAAUUAAUUUUAACUGUACAUCAAGUGACAAAGAAACACUGAGUGUAAGCUGCUGUACAUAGCUUGUGAGGCUUCUUUUCUUUAAAAUUUCUAUAAUCAUGUGAAAGGAGAAACCAAGGCAGUUUGACUAUAGCUGUACUCUUGGAAACAUCUGUUUGUCCAAUGUUAACCUCCCACCCUCCAGAAAAAAAUGAAAACUUGAAGUAAGACAUGGUGGCUCAGGCCAGCACUCUGGAGACUGAAGCAGAAUUGCAGCAAGUUCUAGGCCAGUCUAAGCUACAUAGUGGAUUUCAGGCCAGUUUGGUCUAUAGAAUGAGAGCCUAUCUAAAGAUAGAUAGAUAGAUAGAUAGAUAGAUAGAUAGAUAGAUAGAUAGAUAGAUAGAUAGAUAGCCAGCCAGCCAGCCAGCCAGCCAGCCAGCCAGCCAGCCAGCCAGCCAG